AUGCAUGUUGGAGCCUGUGGCAGGUUCGGCUUAGUGCUGCGGGCCAUGCUCGCGCCCCUGUCCUCUGUCGCCCGCAGGUGUCUGCAUGCAUCAUGGCCACAACAGUCAGGGGACACGAGUGAGAGGGUGGAGGAGCCUCUUGGCUCCUUGGACCCGACAUUGCUAGAGUUCUUGGUGUGCCCACUCUCCAAGAAGCCACUCAGAUAUGAAGCAUCAACCAAUGAAUUGAUUAAUGAAGAGUUAGGAAUAGCCUGUCCUGUCAUUGAUGGCAUUCCUAAUAUGAUUCCACAGUCAGCCAGAAUGAUACAUCAAAAUAAAAAGAAAGAAGAGGAGCAGCUCCUGCCAAUCACCAUACCAGUUUAUGCGUUCUUCCAUUUUUGGACUUGGAUGAGUAUUAAGCUUUUUGGACGUAAAUAA